UCCUUCCCCUCUCCCCUUGCCCUUUUUGCUUCUUGACACUGACUCUUGUGCUACCUCUACCUCUUUCUGGCUCAUAAUCUUUUCCAACUGCCAGCCUACUUCUAUUUUUUCAACAAGUUUCGAAUGGUUUUUACUUCAGAGUAUUGCAAUAGGUUCCAGUUCUGGAAGUUCUGACCAGUUUUGUUUAGACAAAGCUCUUCUAUUUUUUCUGUUCAAGUUCACUCAUUGAGCCUAUAUCAGAUUCUGAGUAUUGACUUGGAGGCUUAAAUUCGAUUCCUUUACAUCUUAUUUUGGGAAUUGCUGAAGGAAAAAUUGUGAGGGGGUUGUUGUGGGUGGCACAUUUAUUAUAAGAAUAGAGUUUCUAAAGACAAUGAUUCUGUCAUCCAAAGGGUGCAUUCUGUGGAGGUUUUACUCAAUUCCAGACAAGAAAUCUAUUGUUGACAAAAGCUUUUACUUUUGGAUUUUCCAAAUUUUUAAUAGAUACAGUAUGGGCACUUAAUCGGAAUUUUUCAUAUCAUUCAUCCCUAAGCUGAAGCAGUCUGCUAUUAUAGCUAUUAUAUUUAUUGUUUUGUUUCGAAAAUUUCGGUUAUCUGUGAAUUAUGGGAGGGGCAUCACUACCACCAGGUUUCAGAUUCCACCCAACUGAUGAAGAAUUAGUGGGAUACUAUCUUAGUAGAAAAGUUGAGGGGCUUGAAUUUGAGCUUGAAGUAAUCCCUGUGAUCGAUUUGUACAAAUUCGAUCCCUGGGAGCUGCCAGAGAAAUCAUUUCUCCCCAGGCGAGAUAUGGAAUGGUUCUUCUUCUGUCCAAGGGAUAGAAAGUACCCGAACGGUUCAAGGACAAAUAGAGCUACCAAAGCUGGAUACUGGAAAGCCACUGGAAAAGACCGCAAGGUUGCCUGCCAAUCUAGUGUUACUGGAUACCGCAAGACCCUUGUUUUCUAUCGUGGACGUGCUCCUUUAGGUGAUCGAACAGAUUGGAUUAUGCACGAGUACCGCCUCAAUGAUGAUUUUGCUCAGGGGUCACCAGGACAUAAGGGAGUUUUUGCUUUGUGCCGUGUUGUUAAAAAGAAUGAUCACACACAGAAGGCAAAUGACCCCAGUGGAGAACUCAAGGGUAAGACGGAUGGAAGUACUUCAAGCAAUGGAGAUUUGACCACAUCAAGAAACUCGAAUGAGACCUUGAGCAUCUCUGCUGGAAUGUCAUCUCAAGUGAACUACCAGCAUGACGAGAGUCGACUUUCAGGCCAUACUACUUCUCCACAUGAAGUCUCUCAAAUUGCAGAAUUUGUGCCAGUUCCAAGAAACACCAAUGCUGCAGAUAUCUGGGUCUCACCUGACUUAAUUCUUGAUUCUUCAAAGGACUACCCUCAGUUGCAAGGAGCUGUGCCUAAUUACUACCCGCAGUACGAGUUUCCAGGCACAAUGUCACCAUGGCAGUCAUAUGAGCAUACUGAGAUUUCGCCUAGUUCGUCAUACUCAAAUUUUGGGAACUUCCUAAUGGCAGAUGAUCUGAAUCCUAUGGCCAGCAUGUCACCUUUCUCAGGACACACAGACUACAUGGGUUAUUGUGGAAAUGAGGGAUUCCAAUAUGAAGUAUCUGAAGCAAGUGAUGGCCAAGCUCCAAUUUGCAGGCAAGUGAGUGCAGAUGGGAAUUUAGGGGAGCUUGGAGGUUUAUGGCUACAGGAAGACAAUAUGAUAAUUGUGAUGUAGGGAUUCCAAGACUACGCCUUUUAAUGUUGGUUCUUGGUAGUAAAAAAUAAUCAGUAGUCUUCUUUCAUGCAAGGAGUGGUUUGUUUUCUCUGUAAUACUAUUGUCUGCAUUGUUUAGAGUUGUUUCAGAAGCCACUUAUGAGGUUUCUCUUAAUAUUGUCAGUAGUAUCCCCCUGGUGAUGAUCACUUUUAUCGGUUUCACCUGGUGCUGGUAUGUAGUAGCUGUACCGUUAACCAAAGUGAGCUUCAUGACUGUAAGCUACCCUCUGGUUGAUUUUAAUUAGGCAAAAUUGCCAAAAUAUACUCUAA